GGGUUGCCAGACGCUGGAAUGGGUGGUCUCCCGACACACACCACCAUCUUUCUUGCGCUCAGGAAGCUCGGGGCUAGGUGGCUCCCAGAGGCUGCGGCAGCGGCUCGGGCAAGGCUGGAAUAGGCAAGUCAAGAGGCUGAAAACCUGAAGAAUGUUUCCAAGGGGUAAUCUGGUUGUCACUCACUGGGUAUGGAGGGACAUGAGGAAGCUAUUUCUAUUCCUUUCUCUCUUGCUGUCCCAUGCAGCUCAUUUGGAAGGCAAAAAGGAUAAUCAAUUCAUCUGGAAACCAGGUCCCUGGGGAAGGUGUACAGGAGAUUGUGGGCCAGGAGGAAUCCAAACUCGUGCACUGUGGUGUUUCCACUUUGAAGGGUGGACAAGUCACCUGUCUAACUGUGAUGAAAACAACAGGCCUCCAAAGGAAAGAAGUUGCUUCCGUGUCUGUGACUGGCACAGCGACCUCUUCCGGUGGGAGGUUUCUGACUGGCACCACUGUGUGCUUGUUCCUAACGCCCUAGGCCAAGCCAAGCCUCGGACUGCAGAUUGCGUGACAGCUCAGCAUGGACUGCAGCACCGGACUGUGCACUGUAUUCAGAAGUUGAACAGAACCAUAGUUGUAAAUGAAAUAUGUGAACACUUUGCCCCUCAGCCCCCCACAGAACAAGCUUGCCUCAUUCCUUGCCCCCGUGAUUGUGUUGUAUCUGAGUUCUCACAAUGGUCCAAGUGUAGCAACGGAUGUGGAAAGCAAUUGCAGCACAGAACUCGUGUGGCCAUUGCUCCCCCUCUCUAUGGAGGUUCACAGUGUCCCAAUCUGACUGAGUCAAGAGCCUGUGAUGCUCCCGUGUCCUGUCCUCUUGGGGAACAGGAAUAUACUUUUAGCCUUAAAGUUGGACCAUGGAGUAAAUGUACACUGCCUCAUCUUAAGGAAAUUAACCUAAGUGGAAGAAGUGUUCUGGAUUUUAGCUCUGAUUCAAAGGAGCGAGUCACCUUUAGACAUCAAAGUUACAAACCACAUCACCAUUCCAAGCCCUGGGACCUAGAGAUAGGUUAUCAAACCCGGCAGGUUUGGUGUACAAGAAGUGACGGAAAAAAUGCUAUGUUAAGCCUUUGCACACAAGACUCCUUCCCUCUGACUGUGCAGUCCUGCAUCAUGCCGAAAGACUGUGAGACCACCAAGUGGUCCUCCUGGAGCCCCUGCUCCAAGACGUGUCACUCAGGGAGACUCUCACCAGGAUUUCGGAUCAGGAGGCGGAGUGUGAAGCAUGUUACUAUUGGAGGCGGAAAGGAGUGCCCUGAGCUUCUGGAAAAAGAGGCCUGCAUCGUCGAAGGGGAACUUUUACAGCCAUGUCCCAGGUAUUCCUGGAAGACUUCUGAGUGGAAAGAAUGCCAAGUCUCUCUCCUCCUGGAGCAGCAAGACCCCCACUGGCAUGUGACAAGACCCGUUUGUGGAGGUGGAAUCCAGACCCGGGAGGUGUAUUGUGCCCACAGCUCACCAGCGUCCACUGCACAGAGGACCAAGGAAGUCUCUAGACCUGUGGAAAAGGCAUUAUGUUUGGGACCUGCCCCCGCAGCCUCUCAGCUCUGCAGUAUCCCUUGCUCUACAGACUGUAUAGUGUCUUCCUGGUCAUCCUGGGGCACGUGCAUCCAUGAGAACUGCCGCGAGCCUCAGGGGAGAAAAGGCUUUAGAAUGAGACAGCGCCAUGUCCUCAUGGAAGCCACAGGGCCUGUGGGGCAUUGUCCUCAUUUGGUGGAAUCUGUGCCCUGUGAGGAUCCAGUGUGCUAUCGAUGGCUCAUAUCUGAAGGCAUUUGUAUCCCCGAUCAUGGAAAAUGUGGCCUGGGACAUCGCAUCCUGAAGGCUGUCUGCCAGAAUGAUCGAG